AUGAUCACUUCUACUUUGUUUCAAAAUUACCUUUUAAUAAGACACUACAUGAAACAACCACCAUCUCCUAACAAUCAUCUUUAUGUCGUGCAUUUCUUUUAUCCACUCAUAUUUACAUCUAUAGGACCACAAAAUACUGGGGAUCACUUUUUCAAGGUAGGAACUACCUACUUGUUCGACGAGGAAUACCACUCCUGGUGCAAAAAAUUGUCUAAAGACGUUAUUUCUGGUAUACUAGAUACUCCAAAACCACUUUCAGAUAUUGUCAAACAAAUUUAUCCUAGCGUACAUGCUAGCCUUGUGGAAUUCAUACUCAAAAAGUCUGGAGAAUCUCCAACGAGAGAAUUUUGUAGUCAGGAUGUUGAUCUUGCAAUGCAGUUUAUAGAGGCACUGAGGAAAGAAGUACUUCGUCUAACUUCUUCUGAUUCCACAAUUGGUGGUUACCUCUUCAAGGCCCAAAAUGGAGAAUACGACGAUUUCAGCCCAUUCGAGAUCAAAGCUGAUGGCGAAUUCUUUGCGGACUAUAAUGAGGCGUUAGAUGCAUUUUUCACAAAGAGUGAAAUUAAAAAGGAAGAAAAGAAGGUUGUCGACAAGAAACCUACAAAACUUAAAAAGAUUAAACUGGAUCAAGACAGAAGAGAAGGCAAAUUAAUUGAUGAAAUCAAAGUGCUUCAAACGGAUAUUGAAAUUUUGCAAGAAAACAUUGACCUCGUGGAUAAGUGCUUGAACCUUAUUAGAACUUUAAUCGCUACUGGAGCAUCCUGGAAGGAUAUCCAAGAUCAAAUUGAGAUACAAAAAACGUUAAAGCAUCCCAUAGCUCAAAGAAUUGCAAAGAUUGAUAUUCCAAAUCAAAUAGUUACGUUUGCAGGGGAUCCAAAUGAUAAAAGUGGUCCAGAAAUAGAAUAUGGUCUUUCUUGCCACCAGAAUCUGGAAAAAAUGUACAGUAAGAAAAAGAAACUUGAAUCAAAGCUGGAACGUACAAAAAUAGGAAGAGAGUUUGCUCUCAAAAAAGUGAACAAAGAAAAGGAAAAGGAGCAAACCCAAGUCAAGGGACCAACUCACAAAAUUACAACACUGAGAAAACGCUUUUGGUUUGAAAAGUUUUACUGGUUUAUAACCAGCGAUGGGUAUCUUGUUCUCGGUGGAAGAGAUGCAUUGCAAAAUGAGAUCUUGGUCAAAAAGUAUCUCACAAAGGGCGAUUUAUAUUUCCAUGCGGAUAUUCAUGGAGCAUCAAGUUGUAUAUUAAAGAAUCCCGGACAAGUUGCCGAAAUCCCCCAAACCUCCAUUGAUCAAGGUGGAUGUUUUGCAGUGUGCCACAGUAAUGCAUGGAACCAAAAGUUUAUGGUACCAAGUUGGUGGGUCUAUCAUCACCAAGUUUCAAAGACUCCACCAACUGGCGAAUUCGUUCCUCAGGGAUCGUUUGUCAUUAGAGGAAAAAAGAAUUACAUACAACCACAAAAAUUAGAAAUGGGACUAACUGUCGUAUUUCAUAUCGGAAAUGUUGAUGAAGAUGAAGAUAAUGCCGCUGUAGAAGCCAAUAUCGAGGAGGAGCAGAAUGAUGAACCCAAGGAUGAUUUUGGUGGUGACGAAUCUAAACUCACCGAAAGUGACGAAGUAGACGAAAAUGUCACAAGCGAGGAAUCUGAAAGUGGAGAUAAAGAGUCGGAAGACGACAAAAGUGACGAAUCUGAAGAGGCGGUGAAUGACUCAAGAGAUAGUGAGGAUGAUGAUGACGAAGAUGAAAAGAAAAUGCACAAGCCCUCUGUAAGAAUAAAUACGGAAUCAGUGACAAUAACCGAAAUAGAGUGUACUGUUAAAAGAAGCACAAAGCAGAGAAAGGCGACGGGGUAUCCCAAGGCUUUAGAAGUAGACUUGGAAUCCAUAAAGGAACAAUUAGGGGCGCUCAACCUCCUGGCCGAGCCAAAAGAUGGGCAUGUAAAUAUAACAGAGCCUGGGAAGCUAUUCCACACGGAAGAAGCGUCCAGGAAAAUAAGAGAGCGCAUACCAACCGGCGUAAAGAAAAAGGAACCCAUGUCAAAGGCUGCAAGGAAUAAGCUCGCCAAGAUGAAGAAAAAGUAUGGAAGCGACGACGAGGAAACUCAGGAGCUAAGAAGACUCUUGACUGGGUCUACAAAGCUCAAGGUCAUCAAACAGGCUGAGGAGGAGCCCGCAGUUCAACCGAGCGCACCAAGGCCGAGGACGCAGCCAUCUCAGGAUACGCUCAAGACGAUUGACGACAAGGAACUUGAGCGGUACAUGAAGCAGUUUAAUCGUCUAUGCAAGGAUCCGAAGGAGGACGACAUUAUUCUCAAUGCAAUUCCAAUGUGUGCACCCUUUUCAGCCCUAAGAGAGUUCAAGACAAGGAUUAAACUGGUCCCAGGGAACACCAAAAAGGGCGCCAUUGCCUCUCAGGCUCUCCACCAAUUCGCAAAGUCGGACGAGAAGAGAGCGAAUUACAUCAAACUCAUCACCAGCGACCAGCUCAUUCUCACCAUGAUUGGCAACUGCAAGGUUCCAACCAGCAAGUAG